AUGUCCGCCCCCGGCGGCGCCCCUAGCCCUGCGCCGCGGAGCGGCAGCAUGGGACCAGGCGCGAGUGGUGGGAUGCCUAUGUCGUCUCAACAGCCCAUGUCAGGCACACCAGUGCAUCCAACACCUACUCCUGGCCCUCCUCCACCACAGAGUGGUGCUAUGUCCCAGCAAAAUCUAAAUCAAAUUGUGAGUGGACGCUCUUAUAUGCCGUAUCUAGCUACUCUCCCAUCGGCCCUUGGCACUACUGGUCUUGUAUCUAUGCCUCUGCUUCUCCUGUUUUUGAAAGGGUCUUUUUGUUUGUUGGGAUGCAAAGUUAUUCUGGGUUGA